AUGAGCAUCUUGAUAAAGUCUCGAGGCCCAUCGAGUGGCGGCUCAAGGCUUGUGUCAGUGUGGUUCACAUCAGACAAAACGUUGGCAUUGACGGGCCUUGGGGGUCAUUUACUAUUAUUACAGGCCACUGGCAGAACAAAGCUGACCAACUGCCUUCAGCGCAUGUCCCAGCAGCAGGGCCAACAGCAGGGCCAGCCCACUGCUCCCCAGCCUGCUGGUGGUGUUCAUGGGCCCGCCGGACGUCGCCUGCACAUUGCUCAUCGUCGCAGCCCAUCUGAGCUGACACCCUUGAUGAGCAUGUUUGCCAACCCUGGAAUGGAGCAAUUGGCUAUCCAGCAGCAGAUCGAGCUUCUACAGCAGCAACAGCAGCAGAUCCAGGCUACUCAUCAGCAGUAUGUCAACAUGGGAAUGAUUCCACCCGGCCAGCCCAUGGCCCAUAAUGGAGCGUUCAAUCCUUUGCAAUCCAUGGGCAACAUGUCGCAAAAUGCUUUCCAGUUCCCCAACCAAAUACCCCAAAACGUUUCAAUGGCUCCUCCUGCCCAGCCGCUCUCCCAUCGUCGGAAUCAGUCCGCCCUUCCCAACAUGGGAAUGGGCCCGCCUCCUGCUCCAUCGGCUGGAGCUUCCGGCGCUGCCUUUGGCAACUUCGAAGCCCCGAGCGGCCACAACCGAGAGAAUAGCAGCGCCCGAGGUGGAAGAGGUGGUGGUGGUGGUCACCAGAGACGCCACUCCCUGGCUCUUGCCGACGCCAAAAAGGCCGCCGAGAUUGCCCAGCAGAAGCGCACAACGACCGGCUUCCAGUUCCCCGGCCCCAACGCCACCGGUGAUAAGGCCGAAGAGGAGAAUAAAACCGCAUCUCAACCCAGUGUCGAGGGUCUUGCCCCAUCAUCUGCCCUUCGUGGCGGCCGCGGCGGACAUGGUCGUAGCCAGAGCAUGGCAGUUAACGGACGCGGCGCUGCUACCCGAGGUAAUUUCAGCAUCGGUGGUGAUGCCGACUUCCAGCGCCGUGGCGGUGGCGGUGGCCACAAUCGAACUGGUUCGCGCAGUUUCGAGGGCAACUGGCGCACUCAAAGUCAGAACCAGGAGCAGGGUGGCGCUCCCCAAUCUCAGAGCUUCCAGCCCGGACACAGGUCUCGCGCCUCUAUGAACCAGUCUGUGUCUUCCAUUGGCGCCUUCCAGUACAACCCUGGAAACCUCCAGCUUCCUGGACAGAUGAUGAUGCCACAGAUGUACGGUCAGAGCCUGAACUCUGUCCAGCUUAGCCAGCUUCAGGCUCUCCAGGCUGCGCAAAUGAGUGGCCAGCAAUUUCAAGGCCUACAGGCCCAGCAGGGCGGCCAGCAACAGCAGCAGCAGCAGCAGCAGCGCAAGACUUUGUUCACACCCUACCUUCCCCAGGCUUCGCUACCCGCACUCCUCGGAGAUGGACAGCUCGUAUCUGGUAUCCUCCGUGUCAACAAGAAAAAUCGUAGCGAUGCCUAUGUUACAACCCAGGACGGCCUUCUCGACGCUGAUAUCUUCAUCUGCGGUUCCAAGGACAGAAACCGUGCUCUCGAGGGCGAUCUUGUUGCCAUUGAGCUCCUUGAUGUCGACGAAGUGUGGUCCCAGAAGCGUGAGAAGGAAGAGAAAAAGAAGCGCAAGGACAUUACUGAUACGCGCUCCAACUCGACCAACCAGGGCAACCAGAGUUCCAACCGUACGGACGAUUCUGGCAACGUCGAAGGUGGUCUUCGUCGUCGUGGCAGUCUCCGUCAGCGCCCUACACAGAAGAAGAACGACGACGUUGAAGUUGAGGGCCAGAGUCUGCUCCUUGUUGAGGAAGAAGAGAUAAACGAUGAGCAGAAGCCCCUCUAUGCUGGUCAUGUCGUCGCUGUCAUUGAGCGUGUCGCUGGUCAGAUGUUUUCAGGUACUCUCGGCCUUCUUCGUCCUAGCAGCCAAGCUACCAAGGAGAAGCAGGAGGCCGAGCGCGCUGCUCGUGAUGGCAACAGUGGCCGUAACGAUUCUCGGCAUCAGGAAAAGCCCAAGAUCGUCUGGUUUAAACCCACCGACAAGCGCGUUCCCCUCAUCGCUAUCCCCACCGAGCAGGCGCCUCGCGACUUUGUCGAGAAGCACCAGGAUUAUGCCGACCGCAUCUUUGUCGCUUGUAUCAAGCGUUGGCCCAUCACUUCGCUCCAUCCCUUUGGCACGCUCGUGGAACAGCUUGGACCUAUGGGAGACCUCAAGGUCGAGACGGACGCGCUUCUCCGCGACAACAACUUUUCUUCCGAUGAAUUCUCCGAUGCUGUUCUGCGCAGCGUAGGCCUUCAGGAUUGGGAUCUUGCCAAGGAAGACGAGGCUUCUAUCUCUGCUCGCCGCGAUUUCCGCGAGGAGCGAGCUUUCACUAUUGACUUCAACGGCGGUGCCGAAUUAGGUAAUGCCGUCCACGUCAAGACGCGCCCCGAUGGCAAGAUUGAGAUUGGUAUUCACGUUCCCGAUAUUGCCCACUUCGUCAAGCCCAACUCCCUUGUGGACCGUGAGGCCAAGAAGCGUGGCACCUCUGUGCAGCUGGUGGACCGCUUCUGCGCUCUUCUCCCUCCCAAGCUGGCUGGCGAGGUCUGCUCCAUUACCCCCGCAGAGGAGCGUCUGGCUGUUAGCGUUGUCUUCAGCGUCAACCCCCACAACGGAUCUGUUGCUGAGGGUGAUGCUUGGGUUGGAAGAAGUAUCGUCAACAGUGUCGGCAAGUUGUCGCUUGCGGACAUUGAUGCUGCCGCCGCCGACGAUUCUGCGUACAAGAACCAGGCCGUUCCCCUCAAGACUGUCAAGAUUCUCCAGGCUGUUGCUCAAAAAUUCCGCGAGGCUAGGCUAGGUGCCGGUGGCGAGCCCAUUGCGCCCCUUCGCCUGUUCCAGCAGCUCGAUGACGAGAACCAGCCUGUUCAGUUCAACAUUUUCGAUUCCACCGAGUCUCUGGAGCUUGUGGAGGAACUCAUGCACAAGGCUAAUGCGUACAUUGCGCAACGCCUUGCUGAAGGCCUACCAGAAAAGGCUCUCCUUCGCCGCCAGUCUCCUCCCAACCCUCGUCGACUUCAGACCUUCGGGGAGCGUAUGAACGCGCUGGGCUACGAUGUUGAUGCAUCCGGAAGCGGUGCUCUGCAGAACAGUCUGUUCAAGGUGGAAGACUCUGAACUCCGUCAGGGUAUGGAAACCCUGGUUGUGAAGUCUAUGCAGCGCGCGAAAUACUUUAUUGCGGGCAAGACUCCCAAGCAGCUGUGGCAGCACUACUGCCUGAACCUUCCUCUCUACACCCAUUUCACAAGCCCAACUCGUCGCUACGCGGAUAUUGUGGUUCACCGCCAGCUUGAGGCUGUCCUCUCCGAGGGCAAGAUUGAGUACUCGGAGGAGAUGGAGAGUCUUGUCAAGACUGUCGAGUCGGCCAACACCAAGAAGGAGUCUGCCCAGAACGCCCAGGAGCAAAGCGUGCACAUCGAGGCUUGCCGCAAGAUGGAUAAGCUGCGCCAAGACACCAACGGCGAUCUUAUCACUGAGGGUAUCGUUGUCUGUGUGUAUGAGUCUGCUUUUGAUGUUCUUAUUCCUGAGUGGGGCUUUGAGAAACGCGUGCACUGCGAUCAGUUGCCGCUGAAGAAGGCCGAGUUCCGAAAGGAGAAGCGCGUCCUUGAGCUGUAUUGGGAGAAGGGUGUUCCCAGCUCUGCUUACGUCCCUGAGGACGAGCGCCCCAAGGCUGCCGCUUCCCAGAGAAUGACCAACGCCUUGGCCGCUGCCAAACAGGCCGAAGUGGCUGCCAAAGCUAGAAAGGAGCGCGAGGAGGCUACUCGCAAGCAGACUGAGACCGGCACUAUGUCUACCGACGAUGUUGAUGCUCUGUUUGAUGAUGACGAGGAGGACAACGUUUCGGAUGUGACUGAGGCUAUGGCUGGUGCUUCCCUUGGCGACCGCCCUACGCAGAGCGUUCCUAGCUCGCCCGAUCGCUCCGCUUCGGACGCUGCCGCUCUUCAGCGCGCUCGCUCUGACUCGAGAAUGCCCGCGGGUGAUGCUGUUGAGUCGCGUCUUACCAACAAGGAGAAAUACCUGAAGCUGUUCAAGCUUCGCGAGGAAGAUGGCGAGUACAUUCAGGAUGUUACGGAGAUGACAAGGGUGCCUAUCAUCCUGAAGACGGAUCUCACCAAGAGCCCACCGUAA